AUGACGAUUCUGAAAAUGAUUGAGAUAUAUAGACAUAAUGGCCUAAGAAAGGUACGACCUUAUUACAACAAAAGAUCAUCAUUCGUGAAAGGACGCUGGUUGGGGAAGUCACUAAUAGAUGUUCUUGCUAGUGAAUUUAAACUGCACUCGAGAGCAUACUAUUUGGACCAGAUAAAAAAGGGUACAUAUAGGUUGAUCCGGGAUGGUGUACCAUUGGUAUCAAGUCACCUUAUGACCACUCCGAUUAAGAAUCAUGAUAUUUUAGAAACAACUACACAUAAGCAUGAACCGCCGGUAAAACAAUGGUGCAGCCAAGAAAUUGAAGCAGAUGAUUUAUCUAAAAGGAUAGCGGGGUUUGAUAUUAUUUUCGAAGAUGAGAAUACUCUGGUCAUUGAUAAACCCAGUGGUAUCCCUGUGCACCCGACUGGUCAGUUUUACCAGAAUACAAUCACCGAGAUACUAAAAUUACACGGUAUAGAUGGUCUUCCUUGUUACCGGCUAGAUAAGAUCACAUCAGGCUUGUUGAUAUUGGCCAAGAACAGUCAAAGUGCGGGAGAAAUUCAGAAGAGUAUUCGUUCAAGAGAUAUGAAAAAGGUUUACCUGGCAAGGGUUAAGGGGAGAUUCCCCCAUUCUGAACUAAUACAUAAUAACGAAGAUGCACUGGAAAAAACUUUCGAGGACACUCCCAAAAUCACUGUAGAAACGUCGCCCAUAUAUUCCAUUGAUCCAAAGAGGCAAUUUCCCGUUGGUUUGUCGCCAUCAAGGGACGCUACCACUAAGUUUUACCCAAUAGGGUAUUUUCCCCACGUUGAUGAAACUAUUGUCGCUUGUAAGCCAAUAACUGGGAGAACUCAUCAAAUCCGAAUCCAUUUAGCAAGGCUUGGCCAUCCCAUCGUCAAUGAUAGUGUUUAUUGCUCACACAUUAGCAAAUAUCCUGUGCGACUUGAGUUCAUGAUACAGUUUCCUAAAUGGGAGGAGCAAUGGGAUUUAAAUACCAAAGAGUUGAGAGCAAGAUUCCAAGAAUUUAUUGAAGAAACUAAGAAUAAUAAUCAGCCUAUGGAAUCAUUUUGUCCGGAAUGCCACACUGUUGAAUUAAAGGACCCUCUGCUGUCAGAUUUGGAAUUAUGGUUGCACGCUUGGAAGUAUGAGGAUACUAAUGGCAAAUUCAAGUUUGAAACGAACAUACCUAAAUGGGCACAAUUGAACGAUAGUUAA